AUGGCUACGCCACCGUUGACGAUCCGCAAUCUGACCUCCAGUUCGCUGGAGUUGAAGAUGAUAGAGCGCUUCGAGGCCGCUCAACAUCAAGCCCCUAGCAAUAACGGCAAAGGAAUUGCCAAUAUUACCAAAGUCUUUAGUGGCCUUAUGAACAAUAUCACCACGCCGUCUUCUCCACAACUUGCUCUGAAGUCAGAAAGUUUCAGGACCGAGUCCGUCGCUAUCACAAUUGGACCCUUCGCAUCGAAACGUACCGGUAUAGAGCCCAACCAGAACGAAGUGCUGCGGUUGACCUUUGAGGUGGAGGGCCAGAGAUAUAGAAUCGAUACCCCGUCUCCUAACCAACGCUCGAAUGUUCUUACUCCCCUCUCCCCAGAUCCUCGCUUCGAAUUCACAGGAGUGUAUCUACCAACAUCUCCUCAUCUCGCCCUCUAUUCUUCGGCGCGACUCGAAUCAUGGAUGAGCAAACUGAAGAACGAAACCCCCCUCUCUGCCCUCAGUAUACCCGGCACGCACAAUGCCCCAGCCCAUUACACGGCUCUGCCCUCAGUACGAUGCCAAGCAGUCGGUGUGAAAGAGCAACUGAACAAUGGAAUCCGGUUUCUGGAUAUUCGUGUUCAACCCGAGACCCCUGAUGACGUGUCCAAAGAUGGACUCAUUUUAGUCCACAGCGCCUUUCCCGUCUCUCUCACAGGGAAUAAGUACUUCCGCGAUCUAGUCAAAACCGUCUCCGAAUUCCUGGACGCCAACCCCACGGAGACAGUCAUCAUAUCAGUCAAGCGUGAAGGAGUUGGGAAAGCCACGGACCAGCACUUAAGCAAGAUCUUGCACAAGCAUUACGCAAACGAUCCCAACCGGUGGUUCACCGAGAACCACAUCCCCACCCUCGGCGAAGCUCGUAAGCGGAUAGUGCUCAUAAGGCGGUUUGCUAUAGAUGAUAGUCUGAAAGGAGAAAAUAACGGUCAAGGCUGGGCAAUGGAUGGGGAGAGCUGGCCAGACAAUUGCGCAGAUGGCUUGUGUUCGAGUGGCGAGAUCCGAGUCCAGGACUUCUAUGAGGUUGCUGAGUCUGAGAAUAUCGAUAAGAAAAUCUCAUAUUCUACGGAUCAUCUAGACAGGGCAGCUCAGGUUGUCUGUCCGCUCCCCGGGGAUAUGAAUGCUGCCGCAGCAGAGGCGGCGAAACUGCCCUUCUUUAUUAAUUUCUUGACUGCGUCGAAUUUCUGGAGGGCAAACUGUUGGCCGGAUAGGAUUGCUGCAAAGGUCAAUCCAUCAAUAAUAGACUUCCUCUGUCGACGGCAUAAUGAAUCAGCAGCUGGCGAAGGAAAAAUGCCCACGGGAGACGGUAGUACUGGCAUCGUAGUCUGUGACUGGGUAGGCAAUAAUGGAGAUUGGGAUCUCGUGAGAUGCAUUGUUGGUAUGAAUGCCAAGCUUGAGCAAAGGAAAUAG